AUGAACUACAACUACGACUACAUGGGCCAGGUUCGUGCAGAUCACGCCAGCGGUGGACAGCAGGGCCAGAUCAACCAGGGUCCUAGCUAUCAACAACAACCUCCACCUCAAUCGCAGCUACAUCACCAGCAGAUCCCCAAUUUGGCGUUCCGCAACCAACAGCAUCAGGAGUAUAAUGACGAUUCGUUCAUGGACGAGGACACUUCGGCGUUUGUGGACCAGUCGGUUGCCCAGAGAGACACUGGAAGUAACAGAUACACGCAGUUCUACCAACAGCCAGUGCUUCCACAACAUCAACAGCAACAACAGCAACAGCAGUAUCAACAAAAUGCGUAUGGCCAGCAGCCCGUUCAGGUAUCGCCUACGUUUUCAAAUGGUGCCCAUUUCGAUAACUACCAUCAGGACAGAAACCUUCAGCUGGUUGACUCAGGCUCGCUGGGUGUUUUCCGUCCACCUACUGGCAUUACUGCAUUGAACAACUCGUCAAACACGAAUCUUUCAGAGGUUAGCAACUCCAAUUCGGUGACGAACUCGCUCAAUGAUCCGUUGAACUUUACCCACGCCAACGCCUCUGUUGGGAACUUGGCAUCGUCAUCACCACCAAAACAGCAUUCUCCAAUUCAACAGCAUGCCCAGCUUCAUAUGCAACAGCCGCCAGUGCCGCUGUUACAGGCUGGUUUACAACAACCACAGGCUCAGUACAGAAACAAUGAUUCUCCACGUACGCCUCCCUCGCAGGUGACCCAUCAGCUGCCUCAGGCGGUUGAGCCUCGUGAAAAGAACAAAAAUUAUGUUUACUUUAACAGAAACCCAGAUGUGAUGAGUAAAGUUACUCAGGAUAAGGCUGCAGCCAUGAAACUUAGGCUUGAAAACUACUACCAGAUGUCUGUGAGCCAUGCGAUUGAAAGAAACCAAAGAAGAUUGGAUUUGGAAAAUAAGUUGAUGGCCGAGGAAGCAGGUCUGAGUGAGGAAAGAAAGAAUAGACAAUUGCAAAACUUGGGUAAGAAAGAGUCCCAGUUCUUGCGUCUUAGAAGAACUAAGUUGUCCUUGGAUGAUUUCAUCACAGUCAAGGUUAUCGGUAAGGGUGCCUUCGGUGAGGUCAGAUUGGUCCAGAAGAAAGAUACCGGUAAGAUCUAUGCUAUGAAGACGCUUUUGAAGUCUGAGAUGUACAAGAAAGAUCAAUUGGCGCAUGUCAAAGCCGAAAGAGACGUGUUGGCAGGCAGUGAUUCACCAUGGGUGGUGUCGUUAUACUACUCGUUCCAGGAUCAAGUGAAUCUUUACUUGAUUAUGGAGUUCCUUCCUGGAGGUGAUUUGAUGACAAUGUUGAUCAGAUGGCAAAUCUUCACCGAGGAUAUCACCCGUUUCUACAUGGCCGAGUGUGUUUUGGCCAUUGAGGCUAUUCACAAGUUGGGUUUCAUUCAUCGUGAUGUCAAGCCUGACAAUAUCUUGAUUGAUAAACGGGGCCAUGUGAAGCUUUCGGACUUUGGAUUAUCUACUGGAUUCCACAAGACGCACGAUUCCAAGUACUACAAGAAGCUUUUAGAGAAGGAAGAGGCCAAGCCUGGUAAUACGAUGUUGCAAGUUCCUGGCCGAGCCCAGACACAGAGAAACCUGAUGAUGGUGGAUGCGAUCCACUUGACUAUGAGCAACAGGCAACAGAUGCAGACGUGGAGAAAAUCACGAAGACUCAUGGCCUACUCCACGGUUGGUACGCCGGAUUACAUUGCGCCCGAGAUUUUCAUCCAUCAGGGUUACGGACAGGAGUGUGACUGGUGGUCGCUUGGAGCGAUCAUGUUUGAGUGUCUUAUCGGAUGGCCGCCGUUCUGUUCCGAAACUCCGCACGAAACAUACCGUAAGAUCAUUAACUGGCAAGAGCUGAUGGUGAUUCCGGAAGAUAUCCAUCUACUGGCGGAAGCGGAAGACUUGAUCCGUAGAUUGUUGACAUCGAGUGACCGUCGUUUGGGACGUCAUGGCGGAGCCGACGAGAUCAAGCAACAUCCAUUCUUCCGAGGUGUGGACUGGGAAACUAUUCGUCGUGUUGAUGCACCAUUCAUCCCUAAGCUCAAGUCGAUCACGGAUACCCGAUUCUUCCCCACGGAUGAGUUGGAGAAUGUGCCUGACAGUCCUGCAAUGACCCGAGCCCAUAAGCAGCAGCAACAACAGCAGCAGCAGGCAGGAGACGGAAAGAACAUUAAGGAAGACCUCCCGUUCAUCGGGUACACAUACUCGAGGUUCGACUACCUUACACGGAAGAAUGCAUUGUGA